AUGAAUCCUAAUUUGCACAGAAGAGAAGGAGAGCGGUGUAUGCCUAGAAGCUCUUUGAGGACUGGUGAACUUUUUGAAGGACUCUCACACCCCGAGAAAGCAUUCAGGGCAUUGAAUCGGGCCAAUAAGAAUAACAAACAGUUAAAACAAAAAGACCAACUCAAAAGUAAAAUGGACAACGUGGACGACAUCAACGGAAAUAAUCGGAAUGAUCAUGUUGACCCAAGCAAUGGAGUGAUACAAGUGGAGACAUUCCAGAUUACCAACAACAUGCUACACCUGUUGCAGAAUAAGGGACUGUUCUCCGGGUUAUACAUCGAAGACCCACAACAACAUCUGAAGAACUUCAUAUCAAUUUGUGUGACUCAAAGACAACUGAAUGUGACUCCUGAAGCAAUUAAGCUAUUACUGUUCCCAUUCUCAGUGACUGGAGAGGCUCAAACUUGGCUGAAUUCGCUCCCAAUAAACUCCAUUUCUACUUGGGAAGAAUUAGUCAAGCAGUUCUUAAACAAGUUCUAUUCUCCCAACAAGAUUGCAAGGCAAAUUGAUGAGAUAUUGCAGUUCAGGCAGAAACCGACUGAGACCUUACAAGAAACUUGGGAGAGUUUGAAGGCCAAUGUAGAUACUUCAGCUGGGGGUGCAUUUUUGAGCAAAACGUUCACAGAGUGCAAGAUUCUUCUCGACAAGAUGGCUCAAAAUUCAAGCUGGAUGACUAGAGGUACGACACUUACAUCAAUAGUGCAUUAUGUUGCUAUUGACCCAAACAAUUCCAAUGCAGAGAACAUAGCCACUCUCAUGACCCAGAUGAGCUUACUGACAAAGAAAAUUGAUGAGAUGGGUACAAAGCAAGUGCACAUUAUUGAUACAACAAAUGGAGGCUUGCAAGGUGGGCAGCAAUGGGGACUAGUACCAAACCAGCAGUAUAGACCAAACCAACCACAACACAACCCUAAUCCAGGAAGCGCACGACCACAAGGCCAAGUCGUGCGUUAUCAAAGGCAACAUGGCUAUAAUCAGCAGCACCAGCAACGGUUAGCCUACCAACCACCUCAUCAGCAGCAGGACAUCAACAUGAUAGAAAUCAGGGACAUGCUGCAACAACUCAUUGGGACAAAUGGUAAGAUGCAAGAAAAGUUAGCAGCACAUGAUUCGACAAUCAAAGGCAUUGAAACUCAAUUGGGACAACUGUCUAUGGCCUUGAACAAUCGCCCACAAGGAACAUUGCCUGCAGAUACAAAUAUUAACCCAAAGGAACAUAACCCAAAUCAGCUAAUGACAGUGAGUCUCAAGAAUGGAAGAGAUUUAGACAGAGAGCUAGGAGUAGCUCAAUCUAGGAGAGAGACUACGCCAACUACUCCAGUUACAUUAGAGGUAGAUGAGUCAGCAGAGUUCACCGAGGUUGUAAUUGAACAAGCACAGGUUGACAAGGGUAAGGAGAAGGAAGGUGAACAACUCUGA